AUGCCUCCAUCGACGGUGAUGGAUCCAAGUACGCAGGAGGACUGUUUCCAUGCAAUGCAAAUCUUCACCCGAAUGAAAAACCAAAAACGCCUGUUCCAAGAAGAUAGCAAUCCCUCUCGAGAGAUGCAAAAACAACACAAGCGGGCUCGAGUUACAGACGUCGAAAAAUCAAGAACUGAGCAAGAAAACGCAGCCACGAGCACCGAUGAUGACGAGAAAGGUGAAUACGCCCCGACCGCUGCGAGUGAUAAAUCAUCCAAGAAUAAAAAGAGUGUCUUCCUGCCACUUGAAGGAAGGAAUAUCCGAUUUCUGCACCUCCGGCACCCGGAGAACGGGCCCCUCGAAAGGGUUAUGUUUGGCGUUACCCCGCGGCUUCUCUGGAGAUAUGCGAGCAGCAUCCAUAUCCCAUGGGGUAACCCAAUCUACACGCGAACCCCACCCCCACCUAUCUCUAAACGCGGACGUAGUGUCUCACCUCACGUCGAGUCUCUCAGAGGCCCUUCCCCGACGCAUUUCCGCAGCAUGGGCAGCGGUGAUACACCUCCGGAGGUCAAUCGUAUGGCUCACGGUGCUCACUGGACCUACGAUUACUGGUUCUAUGACGCCGAGCAGGAGCAUUCGGAAGAUGGCGAGGAUGAUGACGAAGAUGAGGUGACCGAGAAAGAUCGCUAUGGCCUACAGACCCCUCCGUUCUGGUACAUCGAUGAAGAUAUUUAUGGCCGUCCGAUUAAUAGUAAAAUGGAACCAUUUACGUUCACUCCGUGGAGCCCUCCUCUUGGAUAUUCCCGAGAAGCUCCUUAUUGA